AGGAAAGUAAAGAGAAGGAACAACAUGUCAAAAUUGAGGAAAAAAAUAAUUUACAGACUGAUGGUAUUUUGAAAAGGAGAGACAAGAAUCGUUUCACCUGCACCUUUACUCAGUGUGGAAAGAGUUUUGGAAGAAAAGGCAAUCUUAAGAUUCACAUGAGGAUCCACACUGGAGAGAAACCAUUCACAUGCACUCAGUGUGGGAAGAGUUUCAGCCAAUCAUCAAACCUUAAUCUACACAUGAUGAUUCACACUGGAGAGAAACCAUUCACAUGCACUCAGUGUGGGAAGAGUUUUAGCCAAUCAUCAUACCUUAAUCUACACAUGAGGAACCACACUGGAGAGAAACCAUUCACAUGCACUCAGUGUGGGAAGAGUUUCAGCCAAUCAUCACACCUUAAUGAACACAUGAUGAUCCACACUGGAUCAAAACCAUUCACAUGCACUCAGUGUGGGAAGAGUUUCAUUCGCUUAUCAUCCCUUAAUCUACACAUGAUGAGCCACACUGGGGACAAACCAUUCACAUGCACUCAGUGUGGGAAGAGUUUCAUCCGCUCAUCAUCCCUUAAUCUACACAUCAUGAGCCACACUGGAGAAAACCCAUUCGCAUGCACUCAGUGUGGGAAGAGUUUCAGCAAAUCAUCAUCCCUUAAUCAACACAUGAUGAUCCACACCGGAGAGAAACCAUUCACAUGCAUUCAGUGUGGGAAGAGUUUUAACUGCUCAUCACACCUUAAUCAACACAUGAGGAUCCACACUGGAGAGAAACCAUUCAAAUGCACUCACUGUAGGAAGAGUUUUAACUGCUCAUCACACCUUAAUAAACACAUGAGGAUCCACACUGGAGAGAAACCAUUCACAUGCACUCACUGUGGGAAGAGCUUCAGCCAAUCAUCAUCCCUUAAUAAACACACGAGGAUCCACACUGGAGAGAAACCAUUCACGUGCACUCAGUGUGGGAAAAGUUUCAGCCAAUCAUCAUCCCUUAAUCUACACAUGAAGACCCACACUGGAGAGAAACCAUUCACAUGCACUAAGUGUGGGAAGAGUUUCAACCGAUCAGCAAACAUUAAUGAACACAUGAAGAUCCACACUGGAGAGAAACCAUUCACAUGCACCCAGUGUGGGAGGAGUUUCAGCCAAUCAUCUUGCCUUAAUAAACACAUGAGGAUCCACACUGGAGAGAAACCAUUCACAUGCACGCAGUGUGGAAAGAGUUUCAGCCAAUCAUCAUCCCUUAAUCAACACAUGAAGAUCCACACUGGAGAGAAACCAUUCACAUGCACUCAGUGUGGGAAGCGUUUCAGCCAAUCAUCAAACCUUAAUCAACACAUGAUGAUCCACACCGGAGAGAAGCCAUUCAAAUGUACUCAGUGUGGGAAGAGUUUCAGCAAAUCAUCUUACCUUAAUCUACACAUGAUGAUCCACACUGGAGAGAAACCAUACACAUGUCCUCAGUGUGGGAAGAGUUUCAGCAAUUCAUCAAACCUUAAUAAACACAUGAUUAUCCACACUGGAGAGAAACCAUUCACAUGCAACCAGUGUGGGAAGAGUUUCAGCCGAUCAUCAAUGCUUUAUAGACACAUGAAGAUCCACACCAGAGAAAAACCAUUCACAUGCACUCAGUGUGGGAAGAGUUUCAGCAAAUCAUCACACCUUAAUCAACACAUGAUGAUCCACACCGGAGAGAAGCCAUUCAAAUGUACUCAGUGUGGAAAGAGUUUCAGCCAACCAUCAAACCUUAAUCAACACAUGAUGAUCCACACUGGAGAGAAACCAUACACAUGUUCUCAGUGUGGGAAGAGUUUCAGCAAAUCAUCACACCUUAAUCAACACAUGAGGAUCCACACCGGAGAGAAACCAUUCACAUGCAACCAGUGUGGGAAGAGUUUCAGCUUAUCAUCAACGCUUUAUAGACACAUGAAGAUCCACACCAGAGAAAAACCAUUCACAUGCACUCAGUGUGGGAAGAGUUUCAGCCAAUCAUCAACGCUUUAUAGACACAUGAAGAUCCACACCAGAGAAAAACCAUUUACAUGCACUCAGUGUGGGAAGAGUUUCAGCCAAUCAUCACACCUUAAUAAACACAUGAAGAUCCAAACUGGUGUGAGAGAGUAUAUGUGCUUGGAGUGUGAGAAGACUUUUAUUACAGCUGCAGAAUUGAAACGGCACAAGAGGAUUCACACUGGAGAAAAACCGUACAAGUGUAAAAGAUGUGGAAAGAGUUUUGGUCAAAUACAAGACUUUAAAACCCACAUGAUAAUUCACACUGGAGAGAGGCCGUACAAAUGCCAACAGUGUGGAAAAAGCUUCUGUCAUGCAGGAAACUUCGCAGCGCACAUGAGAAUUCACACUGGGGAGAGGCCGUACACAUGCCAACAGUGUGGAAAAAGCUUCAAUAAUACAGGAAACUUGGCAGUGCACAUGAGAAUUCACACUGGGGAGAAGCCUUACUCUUGCCCUCAGUGUGGAAAGAGUUUUAAGCAAAAUGGCACCCUUGAAGUCCACAUGAGAACACACACUGGAGAGAGAAGUUUUACUUGCACACAGUGUGGGAAAAGUUUUGCUCAAAAACAAAACCUUGACACCCACAUGAGGAUUCACACUGGAGAGAAACCUUACACAUGCACAGAGUGUGGUAGAAGUUUCCAAUAUAAAAGCACACUCAAACACCACAUGAUAAGUCACGCCGGAGAGAAGCCGUUUGUAUGUGCUCAGUGUGGAAAGAGCUUUACAACCAAAGCUAGCCUCAUGAAUCACAUGAAUGGUCACAAUGGAACCAUAGUGUUCACAUGUAAUCAGUGUGGAAAGAGUCUCACACGCAGAGACUCCAUUAAGCAACACAUGAAGAUUCACUCAGGAGAGGAUCGUUUUAGAUGCAGUGAGUGUGGAACGAGCUUUAAACAUAAAAGAAGCCUCAGCACUCACAUGAAGCUUCACAAUGGAGAUCAGAGUCCUCAAAAUUAAGGCCUUGUCCACACA